UUAAAUAUUUUUAAUAUAUUUUGACUAUUUUCAAUUAAUUCCAUUUUUUAUUAUAUAUUAUUAAAUAAAGCUACAAUUAUUAAUAAUAGAACUUCACUCUAAAUAUUCUACACUAUUUAUAAUAAAUGUUUCUCAAAUAAACUAAUUCUAAAAUUAUUGUCAUAUUUUAAGUAUUAAUUAAUAUUUUUAAUAUUACAUGCUUUAGUGAGAUCUUCGUAAUUGUUUUACGUGCAUUAAAUAUUUCUCAUGGAAACUAUCAAAGCAAAUGCAGCUUUCCUAUGCAAUUAUGAGGUGAUGCAAAUUCUACAACAGCUGAAGGAUAACACACAGAAGAAACACAAGCGGGAAGGCUCCCUCGCCACGGUUACAUAUGAGACGAUCCAUUACUUACAAGAUUCAGAUUGCAAGACUCAAAGUGCGCAAUCCAUUCAGAAUUUUUUGGAAGCCAUGAAGAGGUUUAAAUUGACGAAAACAGAAAAACUUAUGAUGGUGAACACUCCACCGAGGACAGAGUUAGAGAUUCAGCUGAUAGUGCAGGAGAGUGAAGAACGGCUGACAGAUGAGGAAGUUCAAAGCAUAAUUACGAUAGUGAAUGAGUUUCUGCCAAGCACUAAUAUUAGUUAAGAAAAAUGUUGUGAACAAGAUUGUGGUGAUCUGGACUAUGUAUGUUGUGAAUAUUGUUGACUGUUAAAUAUAAGAUGUUAUAUACAAGGUAUAAUAAUGUUAUAUAUUCUGUA